AUGACGCUGCAGGCAGAUCCGGCGACCGCGCUGCCGCCAGAGACGUUUCUGCACAUUCUCAGCUUCCUACAGCCCCCGGCGCUGCUGCGGUGCUCGCGCGUAAGUCAAACUUGGCGCGAGGUCUGCACGGACGAAGCGCUUUGGCGUGCGCUCUCCCUACGUCUGGGCUACUGUCAGCUGGAUCGUCGGCAGCAGGAGCAGCAGAGCGGUGUCGCUGUCGUCGCGAGCGUACUACAGUAUCUCGAUCAGGCCCCUGACGCAGCUUUGGGAUUGGAUCUGCUGCGCGCCACCGUAACGCGCUAUCGCUCAAGGAACACGACAUCGUACUUCGACGAGUGCGAUUCAUGGAGGGCUCUCUGCUGUCAGCUCUGGCGCUUGGGCUGCAACUGGCUCGCCCAGGAGCCGACCGAGCUGCAGCCGCCCAGCAUCGCUGCAAGCGUCGCGACCACGGACCACAAUGCCGCUGGAUCAUCGACAUCACAUCCUGCCAGAUCAUCGUCAUACCUACUUCCGCAGCGCCGCAUACUGCACGAGAAGCCAUACGGCCAAAGUGUAUGGAGAUGCAAGCUCGAUCCAGAAGAGCAAACCGUGAUCGUCACGGGCCAAGCAGGCGGCAUCCAGGUGUUCGACCGCAGCUCCAUGCAGCUCCUGUGGCACAUUGCCAGGACAGCAACGAGGGCGUGCCCGCACCUCGAGUUUUCCCGUGGCUGGUUCGUUUUUGAUCGACCAGGAAUCGGCCACUUUGAGGUGUGGCGCAGCGAAAGGCUCGUGCCCGAUCUAGGACGUCCUCCAGACCGAGGCCACUACCAGCGCUUUACGGUCCUCAGCUCUACUCGACCGGUCCGCGCGUAUCGAUUCCAGUUCCCCUACCUUUGCGCAGCGAGUCAGGACGGCUUCGUGAUGUUGUGGAACGUGCCGGACGAAGAGCUCAUCCAGUCGAUCGACUUUCGCGACUCGCCCCACCGUGACGGCAACGUCAACUACAUCGACUUUGACGACGACUUUGUCUUUCUCAACGGCGUCGGCGCCAAGUCGGUCUCGGUCUACUCGCGCCGCACCGGAAGGCAGGUCUGGAACAUGGGCCAGCAUUUCGCCGCCGGCAGGACGCCUCCAGCACCAUGGCGGGUGCAGCGUGCUCCAUCGCCUUGCAUUGACAAUGCGGGCUUUGUCCGCUGCGAGCUCAAACCAGCGCCGCCAAAUCUGUGGCAAGCAGGACCGAACACGAUGAAUCUGGCACAGCUGACCAUGACGCCGUACCAGAUCUGGUCGGCGGUGCAUCCGGAUCUCAAGACCAAGACGCUGCUGAUUCUGGGGCACGGUACGGUGCUACUGCUUCGAGACUACAAGAAGUUCUUUGACGAUCCGAGUCAGCCGCCGGAGCUGUUCGCCGAGAUCGAGUUCGAGAAUCUGCAGGAGUUCUUUGAGCGCGAGGUCAUCGGUGACGGCGAAGACUGGUCCGACCUGGGUUGGAACAGCCGGCACCUCUGGGAGCUGCUCGGAGAUGCGCAGCUCACUGUGCACGAGGGCAGAGCUGUCAUCGUCAACGAAGGUGCAUUGAUCCUCGACCUCAACGUCGAAGCGGCAGCACUUCAUGCCUGUGGAAACGAUCAGGACAAGCUGCCGACACACAUCGUUCGGGAGCAGCAUGGACACGGAGGCGAAGGCCAAGAGCAAGCAGAAGAUGCAUCAAGCUCGGCGACGCCAUCGGACGCGGACUCGCCCAAUGCGGGCGCUGCGAGUAGGCAAGAAGCCCCCCCGCUGCUUGUCUACCGCGCCUUCAACCAGCCGCAUACGUACCACAUUUGCAGCAGUGUGCAGAUGGACGAGGUGGGCAUCUACUAUACGGUGGACCAGCCCAGACGCGAGGGCGGUGUGUCCACAGACAUCGAUCUGCUUUCCGAGCCUUGGUUGGGCGAGAAGCACGUUCUCAUGCAUCUCGACUUUUCGCAGAGGCAGCAAGUCGUCCCUAAACAGCCUCCGAACCCAGUAUCGAAUCUGGAUUGA